AGCACGCUCAUAUUUUCGUCACACUGUACUGGACAUUCACGCAUCCAUCUGCAACAGUCGGUUACAGUACACAGCUUUUUGAAUUACAUUACAAGAUGCGGGUCCAAACGUGGAAAUUGACUGUUACUGUUGUGGUUGUCCUUGUUACAUUUGUUUUACUGACAGUAACCAUGAGAGACAAUCGUCCUGACAAUUUGGCAGUUCCUACAUCUAUGCAACAAGCUCCAGCAGAUUCGCAGAAUCUGAAGUCAAUAAGAGAUAUUUAUUUGAAAACUUUGAAGGUGACGUUGACAGGAUAUGCUUUUAAAUCAAAAGCCAUUAAAAUGGGAGUAGGCGAGGUUGAAAUCAUUGACGAAGCAAUGAAUAAUGACGAACGAAGGCGAGGUGGUGAUUGGCCGAGCGUUGGGUAUACAAUGAUUGGCAUUAUUGGUUUGGACAAUAUCCAAGAGCUGCUGGAAAAUGUGAUCCAAGAUGGCGUCCCUGGCGAUUUUCUGGAGGCGGGAGUUUGGAGAGGUGGCGCUAGUAUGUUUGCAAAAGCACUAAUGAAUUCUUACAACCAACAAAAUCGUCACAGUUGGGUUUGCGACUCAUUUGAAGGACUUCCACCAGCAACUCAGAAUAAUGAUGAUGAUCAAUGGUCCGAAAUGAAAGCUUUAGUCGUGAGCAAAGAAACUGUUAAAGGACAUUUCGAAGAAUUUUUCUUACUUGAUGAAAUGGUACAUUUUAUACAGGGAUAUUUUAUGUACUCAUUACCAUGUUUGAGAAAAACACUCGCAGAAAAAGAUAGGAAAAUAGCCAUUUUGAGGGCAGAUGGAGAUAUGUACGAAAGUUCAAUGGAUAUUUUGUUCAAUCUUUAUGAGUUUGUUCCCGUUGGGGGCUACGUCAUUAUUGAUGAUUGGUCUAUUCCAGUGGCUGUAAAGGCUGUGAACGAGUUCAGGGAAAUGCAUAACAUAAAAUCAACAAUUGUUCAAUUCCGUGGAAUAUCCGCAUACUGGAAAGUGGAAUCAAAGAUUCCUGUAAAGUACAGCUGGUAUGAGGAAUUCAUGAAAACUAGGAAACUUGAUGCAUUGAAGAAGCAAUGUUAG